GACUCUUCCUCUGUUCCACUCGAUUGAGACUCAGUUUCUCAGUUUAUAUUCCAACCCAACCCUCACUGACUCCCGUCCCAUUCAAUCAUUUUAGCUGAGGUUCCGUUCAGAAUAUCAGAUCCCAUCUGACCGAUCGAGCACUGCAACAAUGGGAGAAAAAAAGCUAUCUAAUUGCUGCAAAUAAUGCCAGGUGAUGAUAAUGAUUCUGAAGGUGGACCUUCAGUGUGAGAAAUGCUAUAAGAAGGUCAAGAAGGUUCUCUGUAAAUUUCCUCAAAUACGAGACCAGGCGUACGACGAGAAGAACAACCUGGUGAUCAUCAAAGUUGUGUGCUGCAGUCCUGAAAAGAUCAGAGACAAACUAUGCUGCAAAGGUGGUGGCGCGAUUAAGAGCAUCGACAUCAAAGAGCCCGAGAAGCCCAAGCCUCCUCCGGCAACCGAAAAACCAAAACCACUACCAGCUGCAGAAAAACCUAAAGAACCCGAGAAGCCGAAGCCUGCUGCCGAAAAACCCAAGGAGGCCGAGAAGCCUAAAGAGAAACCAAAGGAGGCUGAGAAACCUAAAGAAGCAGAAAAGCCUAAAGAGAAACCCAAAGAGGCCGAGAAGCCGAAAGAGAUACCAAAGGAGGCAGAGAAGCCCAAGGAAGAGUCAAAGCCGAAGCCUCCUCCGGCUCCGGUUCCCGCUUACCCGGUGCCGACGGUGAACGCGUGUUGUAUGGAGUGUUACGGAGGGCAUCCGGGUGGACCGUGCCAAACAGGGUAUGGUUACGGUGGGCCAGCACCUUACAUACAGUACGAUGGCUACUACGGGAGACCAGUGUAUGAUAGUUACGGCGGCGGGAGGAGCUAUGCCACCACCAGUUACUGCGUGACCCGCCCGGAUUGUUUCAGUGAAGAAAAUCCCCAAGCGUGCGCCAUCAUGUAAAGUUGAAAUCAUAUGUACCUACCUUACCUACUGUACGUGUCUUUGGGGGAAAGCUUCCAGCUACUUGGCCGGGGUAUAUGAUCGAUCUUCCAUUUUUACAGUGUUCAAGUUGUUGUUGUUUCAUAUAUAGAACAUAAGCAAGUAAAUAAUAAAGUAUGGUUGGUGAUGGUGGUGGACAAGUCGCGAUCAGAUUAUCCAUGCAUUCCCCAUUAUAGAGCUAUAAGGUGAAGUUGUUGCAAUUUUUAUUUAUCCAUUAAUGAAAUAAAAGUUCUCAUAAAUUGCAUA